AUGCAGGCUGGAAAUAUUUUGCCCAGUUUCAAGGCGAAAUUCGAUGGGCACUCGACAUCGGAAGAGGUGCUCAGGGAUGUGGAUUUGAGUGGCAAGAGGUAUAUUGUCACUGGAGCAACUACCGGUCUCGGCUUUUACUCGGCGAAAAUGAUCGCAGCUAAGGGAGGAAAAGUGACGAUCACAGCUAGAUCAGGCGACCGGGCGAGGGAGACAAUCAAAUCUUUGAGAGAGGAGCUCGGUUCGGAAAUAGACGCUGAUACUUUUGACUUCCUUGUCAUGGAUCAGAUGGAUCUUGCACAGGUCAAAGCUGCGGCUGAGGAUUUUCUUUCAAGGAAUCGCCAGCUGGAUGGCUUGCUCUUGAAUGCUGGUUGGUUUGGUAGUGAAUACAAACUUUCUGGAACGGUUUGA